AUGGGGAACAGAACAGAGGUGACUGAGUUCAUUCUAGUGGGCUUAAGCAGUGACCCAAACUUACAGAUCCCACUCUUCAUAGUCUUCUUAUUCAUCUACCUCAUCACUGUGGCUGGGAACCUGGGGAUGAUGGAAUUGAUUCUGAUGGAUUCUCGUCUUCACACCCCCAUGUACUUUUUCCUCAGUCACCUCUCUCUGGCGGAUUUUGGUUAUUCCUCUGCCGUCACUCCCAAGGUGAUGGCAGGACUCCUCACAGGAGACAAAAUCAUCUCCUAUAAUGCGUGCGCCACCCAGUUCUUUUUCUUUGUUCAUUUUAUCAAUGUAGAAAAUUUUCUCUUGGCCGUAAUGGCCUACGACCGCUAUGUAGCAGUCUGCAAACCCCUACAUUACUCCACCAUCAUGACGACAGGUGUGUGUACCUGUCUGAUCACAUGUUGCUAUGUCCUUGGUUUCCUGAAUGCCUCCAUCCACACUGGGAAUAUUUUUAGUCUCUCUUUCUGUGGAUCCAAUGUAGUUGAUCAUUUUUUCUGUGAUGCUCCUCCUCUUCUGACUCUCUCAUGCUCAGAUAACUAUAUCACCGAGAUGGUUAUAUUUUUUGCAGUGGGUGUCAAUGUUCCUUUUACUAUCCUGGUUGUUUUCAUCUCCUACCUAUUUGUAUUCAUCGCCAUCUUAAGGAUGCGCUCACCUGAAGGGCGUCAGAAGGCCUUUUCCACCUGUGCUUCCCACCUCACUGCUGUCUCCAUCUUCUACGGGACAAUCAUUUUCAUGUACUUACAGCCCAGCUCCAGUCAUUCCAUGGUGACAGACAAAAUGGCGUCUGUGUUCUAUACUAUGGUCAUCCCUAUGCUGAAUCCCCUGGUUUACAGCCUGAGAAACAAAGAGGUCAAGAAUGCCUUUAAAAAGAUGCUCAGGAAGAAGUACCCUCAGGCUAUCCCAACAAAGGGGAGAUAG